ACCGUGGGGGAAGGACGCGCGCUCGCUCCAAAAUUUACGAAUGCUUCGAGAAUUAUUUAACUGAGCGAAUCAAAAAUGAUUUGACGUAGUGAAGUGCAGUGAUUUUUUUUUGUUUUAAGGAGACAAUGAUUAGAUCUUAUCGUGGUGAGAACAAAAACUGAUAAGAUUGUUUAGUGAAAGAUUGUGGUGUAGUUUGACAUACGAUUUAAGUGGUAAUAACGUAUGAACAAAAAGUUUUGGAUGCUGUUGAAAGUAUUUUACUUCGAACAUAAAACUACAAUCAACUGUCCUAUACGAGAGGAAUAUUGUUAAGCUUUCCUACAUCGUGAAAUAUAAUACUCCACUUUGAUUUCUUAUAUCGGAAAUUUCUUCACCAAUCAACGGCCCUAAUGAAGCAAUCCGCAGACGGGAUAUUGAACUAGAAGGCUCUCGAACUACCUCUAGAGCGCAAUAAAACAACACGCCUCUAGCAAUUUACACCAAAGAUCAACUACAAACAAUAAUAAACUCUAUUCUCUAACAUCCAAAGACAACUUCCCCAAUACUUUCUUGGAGUUCCAAUGGCUAUGCUCGGAAUAGCAAAUUCAGUCCAAGCAGUAUGUCAAUUGAAUCUUAUUCUCAAUUUUAAUCAGACACAUCACUCCAAAGGCAAGAAACUUCACGACGAAGUCGUUUUUCAAACUUGACUUACAUUAUCUGUUGCUAAGUAAAAUUGAAUUAAGAAGUGAAAACUGUAUAAAGUAGAAAAUCAAAACCAAUGUAUGGCAAGGUCAAGAAAACGUUAGUAAACGUCACCUACAUCAGGGACUCGUAUGGCGACUCAAAGUCAUAACUCCCAUUGUUUACUGCCCAACUUUAUUGCUUUAUCUUCGCAUCUUUUCAUACUAGUAUCCUUUGUAUUGCUCCAAACGUACACGUCUGAAGCCUCGGUCUUGAACGAAUCAUCUCUCACCUCCGAAUUUAAUAUCAGCAACCCUAACUCGACCGUGAAUUGGACGCUUCUAGACGACAACCUCACUGAUAGCAACGUGCAUGUCAAGCAUAGGAAAUACUCCACGGGCGUCAGUAUAUUGCUUGCCACAAUUUUCAUGAUUGUCAUCAUUGGCACUGUCAUUGGAAAUAUUUUAGUUUGCGUUGCUGUCUGCUUAGUAAGAAAACUUAGAAGACCGAGUAAUUAUCUGAUCGUCUCGUUGGCAGUGAGCGAUAUCUGUGUGGCCACUAUAGUGAUGCCAAUAGCUAUGGUUUAUGAUAUAAUGGGAACGUGGCCUUUUGGACCAGUUAUUUGUGACUUCUGGGUAUCUAGCGACGUGCUCUCAUGCGCAGCUAGUAUUCUCAAUCUAUGUAUGAUCUCCGUUGAUCGAUAUUACGCCAUAACAAAACCUCUUGAGUACGGCGUGAAAAGAACACCGAAGAGAAUGUUUUUUUGCGUGUUCAUAGUCUGGAUGAGUGCAGCUUUUAUAUCGCUUCCACCAGUCCUCAUAUUGGGCAACGAGAAGACUGAAACGUCAUGUUCUGUAUCCCAAAAUAAAGUGUACCAAAUAUAUGCUACUCUCGGUUCUUUUUACAUACCGCUCACUGUAAUGAUAGUAGUAUACUACAAAAUAUUUAGUGCUGCUAGGAAGAUUGUGAAGGAUGAGAAGCGAGCUCAGUCACAUUUGGAGACUCACUGUUACCUGGAGAUAAAUGUGAAAAAUGGCGGAGCUGCGGAGGCGAGGCUGUUGGGGACGCAGCCGGCGCAACCGGCGGCAAGAGGAUCUACAGCUAGCACUAACACAACGUGUAGUGUAGAAAAAACAGAGAGUACGAUUGGGCGAUGCUUCAGCGGACAACGCAAGUCCAAUGAGUCGCAGUGCCCAAUGUUGCAGCACAAUAAAACUCCCACAAAACCCAUCCAUACUAUUAACCGGUCUACUUCACACGUAAGCCAGUCCAGUCAAUCAGACAAUAAACUUCAAAUUAAAGAAAGAAGAAGACAGUCAUCGGAAAGCAGUAGUCACAAAAUAACGACCAACAGAAUCAGGUCGUCGCUAUCAAAUUUUGCUCAAAAAAGUCACAUUGCCAAGGACUUGCUCCACUCGUCACAUUCUCCACAUCAGAAGAAGUUGAGAUUCCAAUUAGCAAAAGAGAGAAAGGCGUCGACAACUCUUGGGAUUAUAAUGUCUGCCUUCGUCAUUUGCUGGCUUCCAUUCUUCGUCUUGGCAUUGAUAAGGCCUUUCGUCGAAGAAGGUGCUAUCCCUGAUGCAGUCAGUGCUCUCUUUCUCUGGUUAGGUUACAUCAACAGUUUGCUUAAUCCAAUAAUUUACGCAACUCUGAACAGAGACUUUAGAAAGCCCUUCCAAGAGAUCCUCUUCUUUAGGUGUUCUAAUCUAAAUAACAUGAUGCGAGAGGAAUUUUAUCAUACCCAAUACGGUGAUCCAGAUCCCCAUUAUUGUGUUAAUCAUAAUACAAAUGUGCACAACUAUGACGAAGGGGUGGAAAUAGUUUCGGCGAUUGAACGCGACGACACGAGGGCAUCGGAGAGUUUUCUAUGAUUGUCAAUGCCUGAGGUCCCUACAGGCCUAGAUACUGUGAUCUAAUUAAGACUUUUAAGGUAGUUACAAGGUCUAACCGUGUUGAGUUGUUUUUUGUUUGACUAUUUAUAACUUUUUUAUUAAGCUGUUUCAAAUCAACUAGUCGUUACUAAUUUGUAAAAUAUUCCUCUGAGGUUUAGUCAAAUUAUUUAUAAAAUAAUUAAUUAGUUAAGGAAUAAAAUUAUGGCAUUAAAGUUAGUAAAAUAAUUUUACCGGCCGUUCACAAUGGGGAUAAUUAUCUAAAUUCAAUGUCUAAAACAAGUUUGAAUAAAACUUACAGUUUUCCCAUUCGUAUUAUUUUAUAUGAUUAUUAGGUUUACUUACAAUGUAGACCAUAGAUUUACAAAUUCUAUCAUAAAAUAUCCCUGAGGUGAGCAAUUGUAGUUGAAUGAAGUUGCUCCUCACUGAUUCCCGGUAUAGUGGUAGUCGCGAAGUAGACAGUGAUGUUAUCAAAAAUAUCGACUAUCGAUAUCUGAUUUUUUUACGCAGAUACAACUAUUAAAGACAAUAAAUGCAAAGUUAUUUCAAUCACUUUCGAUAGGUAACCACUAAGGUAAAAACAUUGGUUUUAACCUUGCCGUUUUCAAUAUACUGAUUGUAUAAGCGAUUACUCCUGUACUGAGAACAUAUUUAAUGUUGGCCGCAUUAUUCAAUUGAAGCGAAAACGUGCUAAAUUGACCAAUCAGAUCACGUUUUUAAAGAACAGAGCUCCGUGAUUGGUCGAUCCGUUUCAGUAAGAUUGAAACUUAAUGUGAAAUAUUUUGGAAUGACCAAAGAGAUAACUAGCUGUAAAUUGAGAGGUUUUAUAUAUAAGCUGUUGUGAAUUUGGUAACCAUAGUAUUAAUACGUAUUAUAUUAUUACGUAAAAGGUAUAUAAUAUAUAUGACUUAACGGUAGUCAGAAGUAUUUUAAUCCAUGUGAUAGUAGGUUAGAAAUAUAGUGUUUUUUGUUUUUCUAAUUUAUUCAUCCAUUUUGUUUUACUUAUGGUACCUGUUGUUAUUAUAUUUAUUAAAUUAUAUAUUAAUAUAUUCUUUGCAAUAAAAUAGAUAGUAUAUGUAAGCUCAUAAUUGGAAUAUGUAUAUAUUAAUUUUUGGCACUGCCAUGUAACUUAGGUGUACAAAUAGAAUUGGCUACAAUAAUAGUAACAUAUAACAUACAAUAUAUUUUCAAGAUUAUAACUAUAACUGUCUCAUAUCAUAAAUACAUAAUUCUUCUUGUCAAACAGGAUUUUCAUAUCAUAGUUUGUCUGCAUAUCGCCUAAAUGCUAUAUUUGCUGUUAAAUAUCGCAUUUCAAAUUUAUAUGUUUAGGUACGUAGUAUUGGUAACAUUGAGAAAAUCUUUAGCAAAACUAAGAUUGCGACAUUAUUCUUAAUUCUUUCCAUCCUUUAAAAGCAAUUUUUGUUUGUUGUUAAUAUUUACAAAAAAAAUCCAUAGUACUUAGGAUAAAAUUAAAAAUUCAUCCCUAUGAGGAAUUUCUCUAGUAAACGAGGACUUGUUUUUGGAAAGGUACAAAAAUAAAAUAAAAAAAUAUAGACACCAAAUUCGCGCUGAAAAUCAACAAGAAAAUUAAAUCAUCAAGUGAAAUUACUAAACAAAAUAAUCACAACAGUAUCUUCAGCAGGGACAAUUAAAUUAGAAAGUAUAAUUUGGCGGCGCCAUGUUUCGGUUUCCCAUUUAUUAUCUCAAUUAACUGAGGAUUUCCGAGUUAUCGUACUUAAGUAAGAAAAUUUCCUUGUUUCAAAUAAUAUUGUCUUUUAAAAUAAAAUUUAAAAAUAAAGGAAUAUCAUACUUGUUUCUUUUAUUUUUGUCAGGAAUUUGAAUGCGUUUUACCUUAAUUCGCCUUAUGUUAAGUAAGAUGGGUGGUGCAUGCAAGUCAUAUCGAAUCAUAAAAUAUCCUUUUCUAUAGUAUCAAUAUGGAAACUUUCUAAUUAAUCAUUUGUAUAUUAAAAUAUAUUUACCUAAUGUUAUGUUGCGAUAGUUAUUAUGUUCCUUUGUCUUCAGACAAUGUUACUUACAAACAAGGCAUGAAAGCCCCAAAAUUAAUUGCCACAUCAAAAGGUGUAACGUAUUCAAUGAAUGCAUUAAACCCUUUGGUGUAUUAAACUUUGAAACUUAACCUCUACCGCUAAGAAUAAUAUCUACCGCUUAUUGUAUAGAAACACGCAUAGUAUAAUAAUUAAUUAAGAAACACAAAUGCAGGUCUAAUAUUAAUCCAAAUAUUUAUUGCAACUGGAAAUACACAUUUUAAGAAAAAUAACAAACAUACAAAUUUAUUUUAAGCAGAAAAAAGUUCAUUUAAGAUAAAGUACGCAAUACAGUUUUUGAAAAAAUAAAUCAUUUUCAAAACGUUAUGUUAUUUUAUCUACUUGCCAUAAAACCAAGUCAUAAAUACCUACCUAGUUAAAAUUUUCUCAGUGUUGCCACUGCAAGAUGAAUAUAUUUUUUUUAUAAGACCCUGCCAUUUAUCUGGUCUUCAGGUGUCCCAAAAAUCAAACACUCAGCUGGCAACCAUUUAACAUAGAACAAAAUAAAUAUUAGGACAAAAUGUUGUAAAUAUUGUUAGUUAUGCACUAGUGAUGUAAUAUAUAUAAAUAAAAUAGUAGGUGAAUAUUGCAGAAACCGUGUGGGGAAACUACGCUUGGAAAAAUAAUUUGUCAUUUCGAUUCGAUGUUUUAAUUGAGAUAUGAAGUUCUUUUGAUGUAGUUUCUGUCCAUGAUCAGUGGCGGAUUAACGCACAAUUUUUUUAAAAUGUUAUAGACAAGCCUGUUCAAAAAAAAUGUACCAACAGUAGAUGUGUCAAUAUGGUUUCGGUCUCAGUGGAAUAGUUUUGGUCAUUUGACAGUCUGUAAUUGAACUUAAAAUGUCAAAAAUGAUUCGAAUGAGAUUCUAUCGAUAUCAUGUCGACGCACUACACUAUCGGUCUAUUAUUUUUGACAGAAUUUUCCAGAGGGAUCACUUUUUUUUAUUUUUCUGUGCCGACUGUUAUUGAUAUCAGUUGAAUGAAAAUCACAAAAAAAUUGAGAAAUCGCUGUUCAGUUUUCAAUGAUUUAAAUAAAACUAAUUUUUGAACAAAAUUCAAGAUACUCUUGUACACUAAACUUUAAACACAAGUAUCUUUUAAAUCAUCGUAAUCCAAUUUCAAAAUUAAAGCGAAAGUAUAUUUGUAUGAAAUAUUGAGUGUACAAGAAAGACUUAAUGAUAUAAUUUAGCUAAAGGCUCCACGUUAGCUUAAUCCGGCACUGUGCAUGAUACAAUAAUUGUGGUUAAGUGUGGAUAUUAUUGUUAUUAACCACAGAUUCGGCAUAAAUGUCUCUAGAGAAGUAAUUUUCCUUAGAUACAAUUUCAAAACUUUUAAUGUAAAUGAAAAGGCGGCAUUUUCAUAAUAUUGACGGGUUCUUUUUUAACAUGUCAUUUUUUUGUAAAAAUCAUACCUAAUGAAAACUACCAUGCAAGUAAUAAAUGGUUUUAUUUCAUACUUUUUUAAAUUCCUUAUUAACUAUUUACAAAGCUCAAACAGAUUAAGUGUGGCUUUGAUAAAGAUACUAAAUUAAAAAAAAAAACACUUAUAGGACACUAUAAAUAAAAUUGUUUUAAAAUUAGUAAAUUUAUUUGUACUAAAUUUACACUCACAUAAACGACACUAGUUUUGUAAAAUGAACCAAAGUUAAAGGUAACAAAAUUCAAUAAAUGACAUGUAAAAGCUGUCUUUUCAUCUUCAUUCACUUUACUAACUUAGCCCACCUGGUGCCAUUUAAUUGCGACCUAGUUUGACUUGUCGCACUCUACAUAGUGAUGUGAGAGAAUACAGUGCAAACGGAUCGAACUUUAAGUCGAUUUGAAACUCGAACGCAAACGAAAAUUAACAUAAGUCACUUUACUGUUUUUACGAAGUAUCGAUAUUGGUUCGGCGUUGUUGGUUAUAAAUUAUUUUUUUGAGUUAGAAUAGAGAGUUUUAUCUUAGACCAAAUGCUUUAUGGUCAAUAAUAAAAGAAGCCGAGAAUAAUGAAAGAGCGAUUUACUUAAUCUGAAAUGAAAACUCAUAAUUAAUAAUUUUCCGAUUUCCUAUUAGAAUUAAAGUAGAAAUAACAAUAAUCAAAUAUCGUUUCGUUUGGUUCAAAUUGUUCAUUUUAUUUUAUCGUUUGUGUAAUAUUCUCGUCACGGCACUAUUUUCCGGCCUAACCUAUUAAUGUAAGUAACUCUUACCAUAUUCUCUCCGUCUCAAUUGCACAUAGAUAUACCAAAAAGAUGUAUUUAACUGAACAAUAAAUAAAUGUUGUACAUAUGUAUUGUUGUUUAUCAUUUUAAAUAUGUUAAAUAAAAAAUAAAUCUUUACAAAUCGGUACCUAAUGACAAAACAAUGCGAGUAAAUUUAUUGAGCAGAACAAAAAUAGUUUUAAUAUAAACUUGUUUUUAGCUUUAUACGCAAUUUUUUGUAAUUGCUACGCUGAAAUAUCGCUGAAAUUAUUAUUAUUUAAUAACAUUAAAUAAAUUAAUGCUAAAAUUCACUUUAAUUUUGCCAUUUUCGAUAAAAGUUGGUAAAUAUAAGUAAUGCGUUUAUUGAUUACAUUUGAAAAUAAACCCAAUUAUUUAUCAUAAUUUUGAUUGAAUUCAUUUCAAUGUUAUUUAUAUUCUUCAGAACUUAACCAAAAUGGAUCGGAACAGGAUAUAACAACCUACAUUUUUAGAUGAUGAUAUUUUUAUCAAAAAAUCGGACAACACACAAUUUUAAUAUUUUAUGUUAUUGCGAAGGAGCUUUCAAAGAACAAAGUGGAGAGUGUUAAAAGGUCACUGGGGGCGAGUUACUUCUUUCAUGGUAUUGUCGAAAUAUUUUUUAUUAAAAUUAAGUAUUGCCAGAGGAUAAAAUUAAACAUCUCCUACCUACCUACACCUAACCAACUUUUUGUUUUUGCGUUACGGCUGCAAUUCUUGCAUGACUUUAUCGAAGUUUAAAUUUAUUUGCAUGGUUACUGACCCGAGAGAUUUUUCAUUUGGUGGAGGAAAAAAAGAAAAUCUCGUUUAGUUGCUGCUUCCCUGGGAAUUUCGGAAUAUUAACCUGUGUUAUCCUGUUUUAAACAUAACCACAUCUCUUUUUUUUAGAUCCAUUAGUUUUCACUGUACGUUGUCUAUCAGUCACAUAUAGAUUUAUAUCUACAUAACAUAACAUAUAAUCACGUCCAUACUCGUAUCCACCGCGGGGCAGGCAGAGCCAACAGUCAUCAAAAGACUUAAAGGCCACGUUCAGCUGUUAACCUACAUUUAUAUAAUGAAGAAUAUUGAUUACCUUUGUACCUCUUUUUAUCACUUUUUGACAAUCUGACCCUCUGGUCAGGAUUGUCUGGCCCCAAUUGUACUUAUAUAAUUAUAUCCAAAUAUUAUCGAUAGGUGUAGAAAAUAGAAUUCUGGCAAUAGUACAAGUGUCGAUCUAUGGCAUAUCUGAUGGAUAUCGGUGAAAUAUAGAUAGUUACGUCAGUGGUGAACUUGAACUGUUGGAAUAACAAACGUUUAUGAUUUACGGUUUAUGUUUCUGUGUGUUCGCUAACAAUAUUCUAAAAAUAAUAUUUCAAUAAUGUGUUAUGAAUUACUUAUUGUACUACCUAUACAUGAAAAGAUAAUUAUAAAAAAAGAAACAAAGUGCAAUACGGUGCGCGAUGGACUUACAAAAAAGAUCUUCCGACAGCUUCGAUGUUAUACCUAGAUACAAAUAAAUAAAUUAAACCUCGGCUCCGUCCAUGUUGAGUCGGUCGGGUCUAUUUAUGAUUUAAAAAUAUGAGGAAACUUUACUUUUGGCGUUUCGUAACUGUAGCGUAGAGGUGUUGCCAUACUAGUAGGUACAUUUUUUAUUACUUUCUGAUAUAUCUACAAUAAUAACUUUAGCAAUUUAAUUACUUAUAGCAAUAUUGCUGUAAAUUCACUCGCAUUGACAUUAAAAUCUAACCUUCUGCACGGCAACUAAUGCUAAACAUUUUUAUAAUUUGUGAUUUUUAUAUAGUAUGUUUUAAGGAAUAUGUGUUUUUAUCAUAACUAUGUAUUUUUUUAUAUAAAAGUUCGAUAAUCAAAGAACAAAUUACAGUUUGCGGCAGAAGCAGAUUAUUGCGGAGAAGUGCAGAAAUUGACCAAUCUGGAUUUAUUCGCAAAAAAUUGAGGCCUGUGAUUGGUUGAUUUCAAAGCUUCUCUUUUGUGGGAUGACAUUCAUUUAUUUCUCCUUAUUUUUUACUGUACGGAGUGUACCAAACAAAGUACAGAUAUACAUAUAUUUACUCAUGGAAUUGUAAAUGAAAAAGUGCACUCACCAGUACAUACAACUAACUUUCUUAGGCAGAAGUCGGUAAAAAACAUGUGCCAAUAGGUGUGCGAAUAUGCGUGGUAAUAUUCUCAGUGUAAUAGUAUUUUUGGUUAAAACCACAAAAACUACAUACGUGGUACAUUUAUUUUACAGACUUUACUCGUGUAAAAAGAUAAUCGAUAUAAUUUUAAAUAAUUUAAAAAAAAUGUGUCGAGUUGUUUGCACUGAUGAGUAAACUAACCUCUAAUUAUUUUUAAGUUACAGCCUGUACUGUCUCCUCACCUGAUCGAAAGACUCGUGUUACUCUUUCUUGUAUAUUGUGUAGAAACAGACCUUAUCUUUCCACAUUGUAUUUUCUUAUGUAGGGUCGUAAAGCGACAAAAUAAAAUUAGAUUUCGA